CUUAACUGGCCAGGCCAUCACAGGGAAAGGACAUUAUAUAUAUCAUCCCUUUGCCCAUAUAAAUAUAAUCCCCAACCCUCCUUUGGCUCUCUAGAAAUUAAAAAUAUUUCCAACAAAACCCUCUUUUUAAAUCAGCUGCGCUACAUUCCAUCUCUCUCCCACCAUACAUAGCCUAAAUUUGCUUCCCAAGUUCCCAAAACUACUAGUUUCCAAGAUCAUUCUGAAUAACUAGUUUCCAAUCUCCAUCUUUCUAGCCUUUUGAGAUUAGUUUGCUUAAUUGAAACAAAAAUCAAGUUGAUUAACUGUAAUUAUGGGGCUUAGAGACAUUGGAGCUACACUGCCUCCUGGGUUUCGGUUCUAUCCCAGCGACGAGGAGCUGGUCUGCCACUAUCUGUUCAAGAAGAUCACGAAUGAGGAAGCUUUGAAGGGGACUUUGGUUGAAAUUGACUUGCAUAUCUGCGAGCCAUGGCAGCUUCCUGAGGUGGCAAAGCUUAAUGCCAACGAGUGGUACUUCUUCAGCUUCCGUGACCGCAAGUAUGCCACAGGGUUUCGAACCAAUCGGGCAACGACAUCUGGGUACUGGAAGGCAACAGGGAAAGAUCGGAUGGUGAUGGAGCCAGGAACAGGGGAGAUUGUAGGGAUGAGAAAGACUUUGGUGUUCUAUCGGAACAGAGCUCCUAAUGGAAUCAAAACUGGUUGGAUUAUGCAUGAGUUUCGGCUGGAGACCCCACACAUGCCUCCUAAGGAAGACUGGGUUUUGUGCAGAGUUUUCCACAAAGGCAAGGGAGAAGAGAACAACACCAAACUCAGCCCCCAUGAUUUUAUGUUGGAGACCACAUCCUGCACUGUUCCUUUGAGCAUGGAAAAAUACUCAUCUCCUCCAACUCAAGACCAAACCAUGUCUCGUGGCUACGACCAGAUCCCCUCAUUUUCCACACCACCACCCCGCCACAGCCACAACCAAAGCAACUCUUUGCUGAAUCUCCUCCAGUUUCCUCAGGAAAAAUACAGCAACAACUCCGUUCCCGAAUUAGGCGCUAAAAACGACGACGAAUAUGGAUUUUUAUGGGAGAUGAACUUGGAAGAAACUAGCUUCGAAAAUGGGGUGGCUCCAGAUAUGGACGAAAUGAGAUUUGAGAUGGAUCACAACAGCAUGGUUUUGCUCUAAAUGAAGAAACACAUAUAUUCUACACUCCAUAUUAGACACAUACCCGAUUUGUUGAUUUGUGACAUAUAUUUAUAUUUAUAUUUGUGGUAUAUAUUUGGCUUGAUUGGGAAUGCAAUUAGAAGUUUGUGCAUAG